AUGGAAUUCGUGUCCAGCUUCCGCUGGGGUGUGCGCUAUGUCGCUUCGCAGCGAACGAUGGUGAACCGAGGAUGGCUUGUCUGGUUUGCUUCUUUUGUGGAUGUGGUUGCAAUGAGCCCACUGCUCCUUAUUCAUCUGUUAACCUCAGCGUACGUGUCACUGGCACUUCUGUUCAUCGUGUACGUCCUGGUUGCCUGGCGAGCGGGAAACCUGCUUGAUCCAAUCCGGUGCCCUGCGCAUCUGUUCCGACCCACAUACUGCUCCAGACUCGGUUUGGGAACACAGCUCCCGGCUGCAAGGGCCUUCGCCGGGUUAUGGCUGAUUCAGUUUGCCUGCUCUGUCUAUGUGGCCCAUGAAACAACGGUUAUGAAUUGGUUAGGGACUCCGCACUGUCACGACCCUUACUUCUUUUAUGUGCCGGAGACGCAACAGCUGUACAGUGACGAACUGCUGGAUAAACAGCUCGAAAUUUGCGAGAAGCAGGGGCGAGUGGACGGUUGGUGCAAGCUGUUGCGUCAGCAGAAGCAGAACUGCAGUACUUUUUCAGAGGACAUGAGGAUUGAUCUGUCCAGGGCUUGCGAAGCUGCGAGUGAAGGAGCUGACGGACGAUAUUCACAGCGUUUGGACAUCUGUGGCAACCAGACACAUGGAUUAUUCUCCGAAUGUCCGUCGGAUGCAGUACCGGCGGAAAAUCUGAGUGCCGACGGGCUGUUUUGGUCGACCGUGCGAACUCGCACGGAGACUACACACGCGUGUCAAAAUGGAAAGACCGCGAAAGUGGUGCUUGAGACACACUGUCAUAUGCAACACGGAAGUGAGCUGUGCGAGUGGCAGGAGGACAUCGCAGCUGUAGGUUUGGGCUCUGCGUUGCGAGAAGUUCCUCAACGGUGCACCAGAUUUCACUGCCGGAAUUUGUUGUCGACCUGGAUGCGAGAGCUCAUAUCCGAGUCCAACUUGCGGAGCUACUGCACCUGCAACCUGUGCACACCCUGGUGGCAAGAGGAUUUAUGUACCACCGCCUGGAUCGGCGAGUCAGUGCUUAACAUGAAUGGGGAGUAUACACUUGAAUCCGCUGAUGCCGUGUACGGGUACGGAUAUGGCUUCUAUGGAUAUGGUGAGCCAGUCACUGCGCAGGAACACACCGGGCCUGGUCUUGGACUGCUGUUUUGGACGAUGAUGGUCAGCAUGGGGAUUUCCAUAUUGGCUCCUCUGGUGAAGCUCUGCUUCUGUCUCGGCCAUGGCUGCCGGGUGGGAUGGCGGAAUGUGGCACCUGCAGCGAGCUCGGAUCUGGUCAGGGCCCUCCACAACGAAGAGAAACGUCUCACAGAGGAGCUCCAGCGACGUGGUAGGAUUCAGAGUGGCUGGCCUCGGCUGACGCGCAUGCGGAUUCGUGCAGAAUUUUGUUUCUGGAUGUAUGACUGUGUCUCCGAUGUGCUUCUUCUCUCGCAGUUUCUGCUCCUCACUUUCUACAGGUUCGCUGUUGUCCAAGGUUUCAUUCUUGCUUUGUCUCUCUUGGAGCUAUUUCAGCUGGGGCCUCGAAAGAUCUAUCGGGCCGUGUCCGAGUCUCUUUUGCGUGGCUUGAGAAGCGACGACUUCCUUCGCCUCCUGCAGAAGGAAAGGCUCGUGGAAGCUCCACUGUCUUUCAUGCUUCAGGUCUAUUCGACGUUUUACCUGACCACCAAUGCCACUGCAUACUUCGUAGCAAUUUGUUCUCUGAUGGGCAGCAGCUUAAGUCUGUCUCUGGCGUGCUUUGUGUAUUUCGACCUCGGCAUUGACACGGAUGCUCGAAUGAACGUCGUCCGGACUGUAUCUCUGACUGAAGACGACUUACGCGAUGUCGUCCCUCAGCCAUCUGGUCCAACCCCUUGGAUUCCAGAACAAGAUAGCGAAGACGUCCAGCUACAUGGCGACGGUGGAGAAGUGGCCGAAGGCAGUGCCCCGGAUGAUCUUCGUGCACGCAUUCGAGUAUGUUCGAGCAACACUUACAAUGCGAUCCUGCCAGCCAGAGUUAGCCUUUGA